GGAGGGUCUCGUCAUAAAGCAGAAAUACAGGUUCCCACUACAAUCUUACCUAGAAUAGGAUUUUCCAUCUUGUACAAAUCAAGACUGACAGUGAGAAGUGAGAUAUAUAAAGCUGGUGACGUGUGCUUAUAUCAGAUGAAAUCUGUUGAGAGUUUAAGAGGAUUGUGCUCCUGUUCGUAAGAAUCUUCAAGCAUCCUGCAGUAUGGUGGAAGCAGUGCUGGUGGAUGUGUUCAGCCUACCCGCCAACCUGCAGAACAACAUCCAAGGACUGCUCUGUAACACAGUGGAAACUAUUGAGAAAUGUUCUUCCAUCCCUGCUCCAUUUGUUUAUGUCAUGUGUUGCCAGAGGCAAGGAACUGAAAGGAAUGGUGAACAAGAGUCCUUGCUUCCAGCUCUGACAGAUUUCCAGAGUCUGAAGAAAAGACUGGAGGUGGUACAUGCCCCUAGUACAGCUGCUGCUUUGUACACCAUCAAACAAAGCCUGGAUGAAAAAGACUUAAGCAUUAUUAAAGUUAUUCUACCUACCUUAAGAAAAGACUUAAUGAAAGUAUAUAUAGAUCAUCUCUUUACAGCAGUCUACCAGUUUGAAUUUGAGGAUUUACAGGUGGCAUCUGAUUGUGAAAACCUGAAGAUACCUGAACCUCGGAGUGAAGAGCAAACGCUUCCUACACAGGACAUGGCACUCAUCCAAAGUGAGAUUCAGAUGUACUUGGGAAGCCUGCCAAGCCUGAAAGGGGAGCUCACCAUCCUCAGAUCUUCUCUCAUCCCAGACGAUAUCUUCCUACAUGGAUUCACCACAAGGGCAGGUGGGAUCUCGUACAUACCAACUCUAAGCUCCUGCAAUCUCUUCAGCAGUUCAAAACGGAGGGACCCACAAGUUGUUGUUAAAGAAAAUCUCCGCCGGCUAGCUAAUGCUGCAGGAUUUAAUCCGGAGACUUUUCACAGAGUCAAGAUUGAUCAUGCUAAUGCUGUGUGUAUUAUGGGAAAGACAGAUCCUGACAGCUAUGAUGGAAUAGUUACGAAUCAGAAAGGCGUUACGAUAGCAGCUCCAGGUGCUGAUUGCAUACCUGUGCUCUUUGCUGAUCCUGUCAGAAAAGCCUGCGGUGCUGCUCAUUCUGGAUGGAAAGGCACACUGUUAGGAGUUUCUAUGGCCACAGUAAAUGCUAUGGUAUCUGCAUAUGGCUGUAACGUGAAAGAUAUCCUUGUGGUGCUGGGCCCGUCUGUAGGACCUUGCUGCUAUAAACUUCCUCACGAGUCAGCGACAGAAUUCCACAGAAUUGAUCCAAAGUGUGUGAGACUAUUUGACUCUGCAAAUCCUUAUAUUGAUAUUAGAAGAGCAACACGGAUUCUUCUUGAGAGGGGUGGGAUUCUUCCUGAGAACAUCCAAGAUGAUUCUGUCACAGACCAGAACCAAAAUGUCACUUUCUGUACAGCAUGCCACCCUGAUAAAUUUUACUCUCACUUUCGUGAUGGGACUAACUUUGGGACACAGAUUGGCUUCAUAUCAAUCAAAGACUGAGAUGUGAAUUACCUAGACUGUAAACCUGUCAAGACAGGAAGCAGCCUUUUGUACAUGGAUUACUGCGGGAGAGAACUCCAGGACCAAUAAGAAAAUAAUAAUAAUGGUCAGUCCCCAAACAAGCUAGCCUUUUUAUCAUACAGACUUUCUUUAAAAAGGAGACAAGGCUGUUUCACAUUUCUAUUUAUUCACUUUUCAUUCCUGUUGCUCACUAAAGGAGCCAAGCAGAUCAGCCCUGAUUCACCACCUCUAGGGAAGCUCUUAAAACGCUUCAUAAAUUGUUCAGCUGUACCUACCUAAUGAUCAGAUCCCAUUUAUUAACCUUGCUCAUAAAUUUAUGAGCUGCAUUUGCCCUAUUAUUGUUAUUAAAUAACAUUAUCAAUUAUGAUUGUGGUAUGCCCUGAGGCAAGCGCAAGACAUGAUCACAUUGAAUUUUGCUUUUGAUAGCUAUUACUGUGCAGUUAACGUUUCUUACUAUUGUAGAUUCUGAAUAUGGGUCUCUUUAUUUACAUUUAUAUAUUUGAAUGUAGUGUACCAAAACAUGUCUGAGAAAGGCUUUAUUCACUAUUCCAAUAAAACAGGGCAGCUCCAACACAGACUUCUGGUUCCAGUGCUUGGGAAAGCAGUGUGCAACUUCAGAGGCAUAGACUAAAGCCUGAGAUAAUUAGUGAAAUGUUCAUCCAAACUGUGGCAUUUAUUGCUACAGGUAUGGCAAAGGUGAAAAAUAUUAAGGAGGUUAGAUGAAAAAUGUUUUUAAUACAUUUGUAAAGGUUAGGUCCAUUGGUGACUGCUGGUCUUUCUCUAUUGGCAACCUGAGGAGACAGACUGGGGCUGGACAGUUGUUGGUCUGAGUUCUGCGUUUGAUGGCUGCAUUUCUGAGCAGCUGCAAAAUCAGAAGCUGUGUGAAUGGACCUUCAGUAAAACAUUUGGGCACAUCUUGACUCACAGAAAGUGUAUCAUUCCUCCCAGAUUACAAGCUUUCAAUUACAGGACGGUAUCUCCUUUCUCCAGCAGUAACACAGUUUGCAGAGUAGUUGUCUUUGCUUCCAGUCUUAUUUUCCUCAUGUUUAUCUCUUGCACAUUGCUUUUUCUGUCCAGCACCACUCACAAUUGCCCUACAAGGUUUGUGUCGUUGGAGGAAACAGAUGCCAUUCUGCCAGAGCAGCAGCAGUGUUGCUUGCUUUUGUAUGCAUGUGCCUUUUUUUUCCUUUUAGCAGCCAUGUGAAACUUCUUGUCCUCAGCUCAGGAUCUUUAUCAGUAUCCUUCAACUAUUCCCAUUUUACAGAUUUCUGCAAGAGCUCCCAGUUUCCAGCCUGCACAGCAAAGAAGUCAAUAUUCCUGGAUUCUCUCACUGCUGUCCUCAUUUCCACUCCAUGCUUAGUUUGCUUCUGGGUGAUGCAAAGAGGGAGAUGAACUGCACAUAUUUGUCCUGAGGCUCAGAGUGGGUUUGGUGUGUUGCUUGCCUUGAUGUCAUGUGUGUGAAGCUUUUGUUCUCUGAGUACAAAAGCCCUCCCUGAACUCCAGCCUCUUGUGCAACAAUAUAACAGGACAGUGCACUGACAAGACCAGUAAAUCCUAUAUGUGGCAGAGGAAAUAAUGUAUUGACCUGCUGAGGGAUUUACAUACCUCUGAAGACUGAUAGCAAGCUCUGCCUGUAAGGCUGACUUGUUCUACUUUCCAUUUCCAGUAGAUACUAUCCCAUGUUUCCAGAUGAAUGAUUCAGAUAGAAAUUUACAUGAAUUUAAGAACUGUCUUAAUCGGGUAUAUUCUUAUAUCCAGGAUGUUGCUAAUAUUUAUUCAGUGCCACACCUUUUUACAAGACUAAGAGAUUUUGCUGCUCUGCUUGCUUUGAAUACACGGUGCCUGUGGCUGUGCUGCUAAAGAGCAUGAUUAUGGAUUUCCCAAAGGCAUGCAGAGAAACAGGAAGCUAGCUUUUUUAAGUGAUCCCUCUGAUCUUUCAUUAGUAAUCGUUUAAUUUACAGUAGCAUCUCACAUUACAAAUGCUUGGCUAGCUCUCUUUGUCUGUGAGCUCUCAGGGGUCAAAGGAGGCCCACAGAAGAAUUUCGGGAGCGUGGUCCCUGGAGCACAGCAGGGCUGAGGUCUCUCUCUUCCCCUUCUGCGAAUGUGGCAUCCUGUCUCCAGGGCAACCUGAAUUCUGACAGUCAUGGGAGCAAGGACAUGGCAUGGAUUUCCAUUUGAUUCCUGCAACAGAAAAGAGAUCUGAGACAAAAAUCAAUAUGUGACUAAACUAUGAGAGUUCAUUUUCGCAAUUCGUUUUAUCUAAGGGUUCAUUUCCUCUCUUCUUGUGCAAAUGUUAUUCACAACUUACUAACUACUCCAUUUGUUUUCCUGAUUUUGCCUCUUCUACACAUAGCGAAGGCCUAAACAUCUGAAAUAAAUAAUUGCAGCUUAAAAUUUUGGGGUCUAUCUACCAUUAAAUCAAACAAGCAUUUUAUAAGGAGGCUGAAAUCAAUGUUUGCAUUUCAAGAUCUAUAAUUUAACUAUUACUCAUGUGAUGCAAAAUUUUUAGGCAGCGAUUCAUAGUUCUGUUCAGAUGUUUCAGUUCAAAGGGAUUUUAUCAAUGACAACUAUAGAAAACCCUGCCUAUCUGAAAUAAAUAUCUUGGCAUUUCUCUUGAGGCACUGAGCUCUACCCUAAAAGAAUAUUCAAGCAUACAUUGCUGCUAAAGGAAAACAUUUUUGUUCUGCUUUGGUUUUCUUUGUUUGAAACUGUAAGCUUGAUUUUCCUGCACAAGAGUAAAUCACAAAAAACUCGGUUGUGAAAAUAAAGUUGUGACAGGUGGCUUCCGAUUGGUUUUAAUAGGUGCUUUUAGUAAGUGCUUUGUAAGAUUAGUAUUAAAUAAAACAGGGUUAUGCAGGCAA